CAUGAAUCCACACACCUCUUCCACCUUUCCUCAUUCCCCCACCUCUGAUCCCACAAGCUCGCUGAAAAGCUUGCCGUCCCUAGUUGGCGCGACGGGACAUGGGGGAUGGUUGAAGCAGAGCACGCUUACGGCACAAGCACUGGUUUCUCCACUUGUGCGUGUGGGUGUCGUACUACAUCCCGGUUCCUCUUACGGCGUACGCCGUAGGCGUCAUGCUGCGCUUCCAGCCACCCUACUGGCUCGUGGCGACCUUGUUUGCGGCUGGGCACACGGACGCCAUGGCAGCCUAUGCUUUGCAUGACGAUGCCAAGGAGGUGCGUCGGUUUGCGACACAAGCCCUUGUUCUGCUCCAACUAGUAUGGUUUUUCUUUUCCUUGUUUCAGGCAGCUCCUUCUGUUCCAUUCUGGCACCAUGCGGUGAAGGUCAUGUCUAUCCUGCUAGGUUUCUUUGUAUUCUCCAUCGACCGUGAAAUUAAAAGUAGAAGAAUUCCUCCAUCUGACCUUAGCGCCAUAGUUGCCAGUGCCACCAAUUCCUCCAUCAGAGUUCAAAGAAGAAGAAGAAAAAAUACUAACAAGUCGUUUAUCGGUCAGGACUCGUUGGUAGUGGCCGUGGGCUGUCUCGGAUCUGAUGAGAGUGCUCUUUCUGGAUGCACAACCCUUCAGGAGAUAGAGGCCCACCACAGAAACUACCCUCCCCACCUUAGGUUUCCUCUGUGGAUGAAAGACAUCGUCCUUUCUGCGGGCUUAUUCCUCAGGUUGCUGCAGCGCUACGACAGGCCAGAUUGUUCCUUCCAGAAUCCUGUACUUGAAUACCGUUUCAGACUUGCUUAUUUCAGCGGCAGAUCACUUCGCGCUAGCCGAUUGCUUGAUACGAAGUAUCAAGAGACCGCCAUGGACGCCUUCAAACUGGUUGACGUUCAGCUCUCGUUUAUGUUUGAUUAUUUCUUCUCGGCACACAGCUCGCCUUCGCUUACACACCCCUCUAUUUAUCUCGCCUACUAUCUAAGCAAGAUAGCCCUCCUCUUAAGUAUAUAUUUGGUCUUCUUCAUUGAUACCGUCUCUGAUACACCACAUCAUGUAACCAUCACUACCGCCUCAAGUCUUGCCGUCCUUAUACUGCUAGAACUACUCCAAUUUCAUCGGUUUUUUAUGGCAUCCAAAUGGUCUUUAGUGGCAUACAUGAGUAAUCGUGUAAAGGGUCAACCUUGUUCGUUGUUUGAACCAAAACAACUUCCACAACUACCUAGCAGGCCACUUAAGUUAGGACAGUACUCCCUUGUCGAAGACUUUGACUGCAACUCCAUGGGACAAAGGUUGUUGGGACUACUUGGGUUAUCUCAAAAGGGAACACGUGCAACAUACGUUGAUCUGCCAGAAAACUUGAUCAACGCGACCCUUUGUUCUCUGGAGAACCUCAUUCAUAGAGACACUUCCCCUCGCUCUUCAAACUCUGCUGUCACAUCUCUAUGGAGGAGUUCAUUACUGGAUGAAGCGCUGGCAUGGACAUCCAUGCAAGAUACUCACAUACACACCAUUCUGAUAUGGCACAUAGCAACAUCUUAUGGAGAGGCCCAGUCAUCUGCCUAUCCGAUGGCUGGGCAUACAUUGUAUUAUUUUGGCAUCGCCACAAAAUUGUCAAGAUAUUGUGCAUACUUGGUGGCGUUCCUUUCAGAGCUCCUACCUGGGGACAGCUUAACAACACACAUGGUGCUCAAGGAACUCUUGCAGGAAGCAAAAAUGUUAUUUGGGCAUACUGCAAGGACUCCUGAUUCUAUAAAUGAGAAGCGCAAGAAACUUCUUAAACUUGCACUGCCCGAAGAAUCAUCGCAAACAACAUUGCAGAAAGGCGUUAGGCUUGGACGCCAACUCCAUGGUUCUCAUCAUAACCAAGAAGAGCAUUGGCGGAUGGUUGCUUCUUCUUGGAUUCGGAUAUAUCUGCACGUCGCGCCAUCUGAUAACGUUGCAGGACACAUCGAACAACUAGCCAAAGGUGGAGAGUUCUUGACGCAUCUCUGGGCAUGUCUCUCCAACCUCGGCAUCUUGAAGUGGGAAAUGAAGGACGCUAACCUGAAGUGCUCUACAAUUAGUGCAGCCAGAAAGUAGUUUCCAGAAUCCAAGGAAAGUGUAAUAAUUACGCAUAACUUUUGUAAAUGAAUGCAGUACAGGACAUUUAUAUAGUUAAUCAUGAAAGUGUAUAAUACUACUAUAUCAAAAAAAAUUAGGAAG